CAGUAUGUAAUAACUGUGCUUUGCACUUCUGUGUCUAAUCCACAGAGUUUGGUGUGAAAAUCGGGAACGAAUGGUGGGGUUUUUUGGUCGCUCUCACAUGUAUAAUUUCAAGGACAAGAGGUGGAACUAUGCAAAAACUAACUGCAAGUUCUCCAUGAGCCUUACUGGUUGUACCUUCAUACACAAGACCUAUAUGUACCUGUAUUCCUACUUGAUGCCAAAAGAAGUGAGGGAGAGGGUGGACAACAUCAUGGACUGUGAAGACAUUGCCAUGAACUUCCUUGCUGCACAUCUCUCCAGAAAACCACCCAUGAAGGUUCCUACAAAUUCUGAUUUCCACUGUGCUGGAUGCAAAUCAAACAUAUCCAAGAAAAAGGACUUUUGGGAUGAACGCAGUGUCUGCAUCCAGUUCUUAACUCGUAUUUAUGGUUACCAACCUCUUCUCUACACCCAGUCUCGUACUGAUCCUGUGACUACUGAGAUCCCUUCAGUGAAUGAAUAUGGAAACUGUUUUAAGCCGACCUGACGGCGUUUAAUAGCUGGCCAUCCUAGCACACUUGUGACUAACUCUACAUAAACUCCCUAACUGCACGGAUUCAUAACUAAAAAGUUAGAGCGUGUUUUUUUUAUUGCGGCCAUGUCCGCCAUUUUGUGAUACUACGCGCAUGCGGAUGCAGUAGAAGUAAACUUGGAGACUCACACUCCACUACUUUUGCCUAGCGGCUCUUCGACAAGCACACUGCCAUCAGAUAGCUACUGCGAGUUAUAUUUUUGUUGGCUUCAAAUCACAUCACUUUUUAUGUCUAGCUAUCCUCAUUUUGUUUUUACAAUUGUGGGUGAAGUAGCUACUGUAUUUUGCACCGUGUUUCUGCACCGAGGGUUUGCACUUCAGUGCUUUUCGUUUUACUUCCAUCUUUACUAAGUUUAGCCCUUUUGUACGACACAAAUCCGUAACUUGCUUCAUUGCUCCAUUCUGGAAGUGGCACAGUCUGUUAAUCUCCAAGGUGCAGAAACCAAACUCACAAGAUUUUCAGAGUUGAGAGAUCUUGUGCCACCUAUAAUUAUAACAACUGCGGCAGAACACCUAAAACUAUGGAAACACCUUUAGCUACCUGGGGCUUUCGUGAGGGAGACACUGUCUUGUUGUCUCGACAAACAGCCAGGAAGCUAGACCCACAUAACGCUAACAAACUCCUACUCAGACCAGCUAGAUAUGUUGUCAUCACUUUGAUUUGCUCCACUAGAAAGGUCACUGUUGCUUGUAGUGCCAGAAAAAGCGUCGACACACACACACACAGACAAAGCAACUACUGUAACCCUCGCUGCCGAGGGUUAAUUUGAUCACUUUGAUCAGAACAGAUUGCUGAUCAUUUUGAUAUGUUUCUCAUGUGCACAGCAUAUAGUAUGGG